AUGGGCAUUCCGCCGGCCUGGCUGCCCGCGAGGUCUGCUGCUGCUGCUGCUGCUCUCGGCUCUGGGGCGUCGACUAUUGCUGCUUCAGUUGUGGCCAUAAGAGAAGCAACAGAAGCUGCGUCGCUGAGGGCUGUCUUCACCACCUUCGUCGGGUCUAUUAUUCCUGAGCAAACCCCCGCAGCAGCAGCAAACCCCGCACUCAGCAGCAGCACCAAGUGCAGCAGCAGCAGCAGCAAGUGCAGCAGCAGCACGUGCAGCAGCGGCACGGCGCUCCCGCUGCCGCCAGCAGCAGCAGCAGCAGCAGCAAGUGCAGCAGCAGCAGCACGUGCAGCAGCAGCACGGCGCUCCCGCCGCCGCCAACAGCAGCAGCAGCAGCAGGUGCAGCAGCAGCAGCAGCAGGUGCAGCAGCAGCAGCAGCAGCAGCAGGGCGAACCGGCUUCGAUCAUGUCGACGUAUUUUCCGUUUUGA